AUGUUGGGACACACCCCAUAUCACCCUCCUCCUCCUCAGCAGCCCGCCCCCCCGUCUGCGCCGCCCCCGACCACCAUCAACCCCGCUGAUGCCAGCACCGCCUCGUCCCAGUCCCACCAGCAGCAGCACCAACAACAGCAGCACCAACCACAGCCUCCAGGCACGUUCCAAACCCUCCGCUUGCGCGAUGACCCUCCGCCCGUGACUCAGCCGACCUCGACGCGCCGCAAACGCAAGACCCCCCCAUCUGCCAAUGCUGAGCAGCACAACAUCCAGUCAGCACCCCCGGGCCCGCCACCAGGUCCUCCAGGGCCCCCGCCCGGCAUGCACCCUGGCCCACCACCUCCCGGCAUGCCGCCGCAUGGACUCCCGCCGCCGCACACACUUGUCCCUCCACCCCACCUGGGCGGUCCACCAUUUACGCCAGGGUACUCGUACCCACCGCCCCCAGGCGAUUUCACGCCGGGCGGCAUGCCCCCGCCGCCCCCACACCCCCAGGGGCCGCUUCCCCAUGACGGGCAGUCACCACCCGAAUCACCCGCAGGACGCACACUGAGCCAGAGCAAGCGGGCGGAGCAGAACCGGAAGGCUCAGCGUGCAUUCCGCGAGCGGCGAGACCAGCACGUCAAGGCACUCGAGUCGCGCUCGCAGCUGCUCGACGCCGCACUCGCGUCUGCGGACGAGGCAAACCGCCGCUGGGAGGAAUGUCGUGCGCUUGUGGACAGCUUGCGCAUAGAGAUAGGGUCGCUACGGGGGCAUAUCUCGACGCUGCAGAGAGAGAACUCGGAUCUGCGGAACGCACUGGGCGCGGCUGGGAUCGAUGCGAACGGAAUCGUGCCUCCACCCACGAUGCCCGGAUCGGAGCAGCAUAUGAUGGAUAACGGGCAGCAUCGCCCACCUGAUGGACAGCAGGCGCAACAGCAGCAAGCAGGAGAGGCGAUAGAGAGCGAGAAGAAAGACUGA